AUGCGCUCUAUGGUAACUUUCUGGUUUAUCUACCUGACUUUAUGGACGGUCGACCGGCUCCUUUAUGGCUUCUUGUGGUAUGCCGCACAGCUCGUGUAUGGAGUUGCUCCGUUCUUCAUGUAUAACAGCUUUGGUCGCGCCUGGCCAAGAAUCCAGUCUUUCGUUGAGGCUGUCCGUUUAAAUGAAGUACCUGGACGACGUAUAGGAGCCGCCGGAUUCUGCUGGGGAGGCAGGCCGGUACUAUUCCUUACACAUCCAGAUGCCAGGACUGCGGAGGGUAAUCCACUCGUUGAUGCAGUCUUUACAGGUCACCCUAGCGGUUUAUGCCUGCCUGGCGAUGCAGAAAAGGUUACCAAGCCUGUGUCCGUUGCUAUUGGAGACACAGAUAUAGUUACUUCUAUGUCACAGAUUGAUGUGAUGAAGAAUGUCUGGCAGAGCUUAGGAGAUGUUCCGACAGAGGUGGUUGUGUACCGAGGAGCUGGCCAUGGCUUCUGCGUCCGUGUAGACCCCAGCAAUCAGAAUCAAUUUCAGCAAAGCAAAGAGGCUGAAUAUCAGGCCUUGAGAUGGUUUGAUAAGCACCUCGGCUAG